AUGACUCGGUCGACUCAGACUCAUCAAGAAAAAGUUCAAUUCUCAGGUGAGGCUUGCCAGUUAUGUCUGCUCUUUCGCUUUGUCACAGGGGUUCAUCACCAGAGAGUUAUAAUACAUAAUAACGACGGUGAGAAUCUUGUGGGUAUCUUGCAUGAAACGGGUUCAAAGGAGCUUGUUAUUGUGUGCCACGGAUUUCAAUCCUCAAAGGAUCGUAUCCCCAUGGUGAGCAUUGCAGCUGCCCUAGAGAGAAAAGGAAUUAGUGCCUUCCGCUUUGACUUUGCGGGGAAUGGGGAAAGUGAAGGGUCUUUUCAAUAUGGUAACUACCGCAGGGAAGCUGAGGAUUUGCGUGCCGUAGUCCAACACUUUCGAAGGGAGGAACGUGCCAUAACUGCAAUUAUUGGGCACAGCAAAGGAGGAAAUGUGGUGCUUUUAUAUGCUUCGAAGUAUAACGACAUAUGUACAGUUGUCAAUAUUUCUGGCCGGUUUCAUCUAGGGAGAGGCAUGGAAGGUCGAUUGGGUCAAGGAUAUUUACAAAGAAUCAAGCAGAAUGGAUUCAUUGAUGUUAACAAUAGAAGGGGAAAGUUAAAGUAUCGUGUGACUGAAGAAAGCUUAAUGGACCGCCUAACCACUGAUAUUCUUGCAGCAUGCCUGACAAUUCACCAAGACUGCAGGGUGUUGACAGUUCAUGGAUCCAUGGAUAGUAUUGUACCUGUAGAUGAUGCUUUGGAGUUUGACAAGUUCAUACCAAAUCAUAAACUACAUAUCAUAAAAGGAGCUGAUCAUGAGUACACUUCUCAUCAAGAUGAGUUAGCUUCGGUUGUACUUGACUUUCUAAGGGUAAAUAGUCGGGACAGCGACAAACCUAAAGAAUUUUCAUCUUGCGCGAAAGUUGUUAAUAUCAUAAAUUCAAAAUAUUGAUAGUAUGAUAGUUCCCCUUCAGUGGCUGCAAUUAAUCUAUCUAUUCACUUGGGAAGUGGAGAAAAUUGGGUUGAAAGCUAUUAAUCAAAUAACCGGGAUGUCAAAUUCAUCUAUGCAAUGGAAGUUGUUGACUGCUUGAAUGGCAAAGCUUAAUAUUUUCAAGAACGUGGCUUGAUGCUUCUCAAUUGGAAACCCAAUGAAUAUGCCAUUCAAAUGAUCAUAGGGAUUGGAAAUUGUACCAUUACAAUGUCAUAUGAAAGUUUCUAAGCUACUUUCUUAGAAAGAAGAAAUUAGUCAUGUUUUAGUUAAAGAGUUCACCUUUAAUAAUCAAUU